CUCUGGGAUUAUAAUGGGUCUUCUAUGGAGAUAUUAUGUAAUAACAGAAUGUCCCUGCAGCAGAGAAUAAGUCAUGUUUGACUUAUUCUCAACAUUGACUAAUGUUCUAAUGAUUCCAAGGACAUAACUGUGACUACCUGUUAAUUAAAAAAUAUCACUUAUUCUAUAUUAUAUUAAUGAGCCCAAAAGGCUAACAGUUUCUUCCGCUGUCUAACCCCCAGCUGUGAAGAAUAACAAAAGCUCGCGCUGUUAAUGUGCACGUUCCCAGAAGGCGCGCGACUGCACAGUCGCCAUAGCAGCGCUAAACGCCUUAAAGAUUAAAGGUCUACAAUUAGUUCACCCAUUUCGUCGUCGGAGGAGUCGGUCUCCCUGACGUGGACGCAGACACCAGGUGGAGGACAGCAGCGGGACAUUUUGGAGUAUGGCGUCUAACUAUUAAGCUCCAGGGUCGUUUUCCUCUAAGUGUCAUCCGUCCUCCUGUCCUCGGCAUGCCCAACAAACAAAUUCCCAACUCGGCUGCUCCUGCUGGAUUAAGCCGUCACUAUGACCAUCCUAGUUCACUUUCGAGGUUGUUCCAGAGACUACGGCGGCAUCAUGUCGGCUCUGGGCUCGGAGUCCUGGUGGAAGAAGACCCUCUACAUCACCGGGGGGGCCCUGCUGGCUGCUGCAGCCUACCUACUGCACGAGCUGCUCGCCAUCAGGAAGGAGCAGGAGUUGGAUUCUAAAGAUGCUAUUAUCCUCCAUCAGUUCUCCAGACCAAAGAACGGCGUCCCCAGCCUCUCCCCUUUCUGCCUCAAAAUAGAGACGUACCUGCGCAUGUUGGAUCUGCCUUACCAGAACUACUUUGACGGGAAGCUGUCACCGCAGGGAAAGAUGCCGUGGAUCGAGUACAACCACGAGCAGGUGUCGGGGUCAGAGUUCAUCGUAGACUUUCUGGAGGAGAAACUGGGGGUCAACUUGAACAAGAACCUGACCCCACAAGAAAUAGCCGUGUCCAGAGCAGUCACCAAGAUGGUUGAGGAGCACCUCUACUGGACAAUAGCAUACUGCCAGUGGGUGGACAACGUGGAAGAAACCCAGAAGCUGCUGGCGAUGAACGGUCCUCUGAGCGACACGCUGAAAUGGCUGCUGAGCCACCUGACUGGCAGCAUGGUGCGCAGAGAGAUGUACGGCCACGGCAUCGGCCGUUUCUCCAAGGAGGAGGUCUACACGCUGAUGGAGAAGGACAUGAGGACACUGGCCACUCUGCUGGGAGAUAAGAAAUACUUUAUGGGCUCCAAGAUGUCAACGUUAGAUGCCACAGUGUUCGGCCAUCUGGCUCAGGCUAUGUGGACUCUACCCGGGACCCGGCCAGAGCAACUCAUCAAAGGAGAGCUGAUCAACUUGGCCAUGUUCUGUGAGCGGAUGCGAAGGAAGUUCUGGCCUGAGUGGUUCGUGGAGGUGGAGGACCUUUAUUACGACGGAGACAGUGAGAGCAGCAGCAGUAGCAGCCCUGCAGGCCUGCUGGAUUUCGGCCUGUUCUCCAGGACUGACACUCUGGAUGACAGUGACAGCGGCAGCCAGUCCACCAGACAGACACACACACCCUCCCCCAAGUCGGACCACUCGCUUUUUGACUCGGAUGUGGGGACGUGCUCCGAAAACGACAUUCAGCUCAAAGAGGAGAUUAUGCCAGACCUGGAGGUUUGAGUUGUGACCGGUAAGAGCGGGACUUAACAGGGAAGCGGAAUAGCGGACGCGGCAGGAAGCUACAGCCAGCUACAACCUGUCCAGAUGACGCUUUGCACAUCUGAAGAAACUAGUCCAGCGUCUCCACUCGCUAAUUCCAACUUCCCCCAACAGACUGGGUGUGUAUAUGCAGAGGAUACAGAGUAAACCUCAUAAUAACACACAUAGAGUACCCAUUCGUCCCCUUCCUUACCAUCCGAACUGUCGUGUUGGCAGUUCCUCUUUGCCUUAUUUGUCUCGUCCUCAGAUCCAGAAGUCACCGGCGCAAAAGUUACACAAACCAAACAUCGGAUCUCAUGAGAAACGCAGCGACGGAGGAGGUAGUGUUGCAGACGUGACAGGUGGCACUUCACUUGCAACGAGAUGAUGCAACUAAUCACCACUCUGCCAUGUGUCAAAAAUGCGUAAAUCCAUUCCAACAGGUGCAGAUUGAUCAUGUGGCUCAAAAGGGAACAGCUGCCGUGUCUCUGCUGUUUACCAUCCGUGUGCUGAAUAGUAAACACAGACAAGAGUGAGUGCCACUUCUCGUCCGUCACAGAUCCUAGUGUCAUUUCCUUUAUGCUGCUGUGUAUUGUUGAAAUCUGAUUAAACACCGAGGAAGGAGGUCUAUGACUUCAUCAUCUCUAACCCAGGUCUAGUCGCAGGUUUAUUGGAUUGAGAGCAGAAGAAAGAAUUUGUGCCUGUAUCAGUUACCAGAUUUUAUUGUGAGUAAUUAUUUACAUGCACUUUAUGUUUAAGCUUCAAUUUUAUUCAUUUAUUUAUUAUAAUUUCAGCUCAUUUGAUGUGUCAGAGCCAUAUUUGACCACUAGAUGGCGGCAUAAAACAUCCCUUUCCCCCUUCCUUUGCAGUAACACGGAGCAGACUUCUGCAGGAGAUAUGAGUCAUUUACUGCUACAAAGUAUUUGUCCUUCAUUCCUGACAUUGUAAUUCCUGUUCACUGGUGAUUUUUCAUACAGCGUGUAGGUGUUGUGUGUGGGUGCAUGCGUAACUGCAAACUGAAACUGAGCACACAGCAACAAAUCAGCCUUAGUGCUCAGAAUAUUUAUAAAGUGGUGACAUUAGUCAUAUUUUUUGUUCUAUCAUGAUUUAUCAACAGUGCCAUUUGAUUUUUUUUUUCUAAUGAGUUUAUGUUUACAAAUAUAUAUUUUUUAUUAUGUUUUUGUUUUCUUAUUGCUGUCAGAGAUGAAUUAUUUUUGCACUACUGGAAUUUCUUUUUUUCACUUUAUGUUAAAGGAAAGUCCGCUGUGAAGGCCAAAAAGAAAUGCUAUGAUGCAUGAAAUAUGGGAAACUAAAGAGGUGCUAGAAAUGAUUAUUCAGUGAGGGAGAAUGCAUCGCUCCUGUUAGCUGUGUGGAUGUGAAUGUUACCCUGCGUGAAUGUCAUCAGUGAGACAGUUCAUGAAAAGCUCUUUAUGAACUGAGACAAGAUUUCAAACCAAAAGUGGCUAGAUGAGAAACGUCUGAGUAAAAACAUGGACCAGAAUUAUCUGGGGAGCUUUCGGGUAGAAGAGCUCAAAACGGCAACGUGUUGGAUGUAAAACUGAUUACACAACAUGAAACUAGUAGUAGACAUGUGGAUACAUUUGUUGCUACCGCCGGUAAAGAUGCGUGAAAAGCCUUAAAAUGAAUUCAUCUUUCCUUGCUUUACCAUCGUUUCACAUUACCAUUUUUUUCUUCCAAUUGCUAAAUAAAGAUGAGGGGAAAUCCAACAUUGGAAAUAAAUAUUAGUCUUGUCUUGUUAAAUCUAAUGAAGUUGGCAUGAACAGAUAAAUCUUUGGCCUCUUUGAACAAUAUGCCUUGAUGGUCCAUCCUGGGUUUUAUUUUUUCUAUUUCCCAUUACAGUCCAGCAGAUUGUCAUUAAAAUCUCCCGGUAUUUUAAUGACUUGAUGUUGCCUGGCAUCCUAACAAGAUUCCCAGGCCCUUUGGAAGACAAGCAGACUCAGCAUCACAUAUCCUCUACCGUACCUAAUAAUGGGCAUGAGAUCAUUUUCUGCAUUUUUUUUUAUCCUGCAUUUAUGCCAGAAAUAAAUAAGUGACUUAUUAUUUCAUGCUGAAAAGAUCAGUCAGUAUUUUAUCUGACAGAAAACACAACGCUUCAGAGUGUUUUAGUAGUGCUGCUGAAGUUAAGUAAACCAUAUGUUUACAUUUGUGAUGGUUGGACAAGUUUUUUUCCCUGCCAUGCUUCACAAAUGAAAUGUAGAUUGUGUGUAAUCACAGUUCCCCAACAGUGAGCUUUGAAGAUGUUUGUCUUCUUCUCCUUUACAAUACUGCUCAAUGCGUAGUGGGAAAAUAAAAAUGAAUUAUCAUCUAGUCUAGUGGCUUAAAGCAACAGGUUCCUGUGUCAAAUCACAUGGACAUCCCAGGAAAACAGAAAGUUCUGGACUAUUAAGAAGUUCCUAGAAAGUCAACUAAACAACUAAAAAUAAAUCUGUUAAAAAAAAGCUUCAGCCACAUUUAUGUCAAAAGGAUUGUUAGGGGUACCCACAAGUUUGAUUUUAAUAAACCCAAUUACAUUUGGAUCACCCUGACUUUUUUCUGUGUAAAAUUAUGCCACUGCAAUACAGUAAUUAAUCUUAGGGCUGUUCACACAUGUUUACCACUGUUACCAAUAAAUAUGUACACGUCCGUGUUUAAAAUUGGUCAAAUUAGAGAAUACAUUUCCCAUACACUGGUUUAUAGAUCUCCAUAAAACAAAUGAGAUGAGUGGAAUUUUAUUUGUCACUUUUUUUUUACACCUUCUGCUGCUCUGAAUUGUCUGGAACAGUCGUCACCAGAUGAAUGAUUUCUCAGAGUAAAGCUGUUACAAAAAGUGAGAAGCUAGUAUAUUGGGUAAAAAACAAAUGGCAAAGAAAAAUAACUCUCUUUAUGAAAUGACUAGUUUGUCAAAAGCUAUCUGCAUAUCACUUCUUUUUUUUUUCCAAUGACACAACCUCUCUGUUUUGUUUUGGUUCAGUAUCACUGCUCUCAUUAGCAUCCCCCCUAGAAGCAGCAGGCCGCUCAUUCAGCAGAGGGAAAACUGAAACCCCGUGUACGAUGGCUGCUCCAAAACAAAUGACUCGCCAAUUAAGCCAGUGCCUGGCUGGUAAAGUGCACCAACUGAGCGUUUGGCAACCAAACAGGAAGAUAUGCUGCCCGAGGUUUCUGUACAAAACUGAAAAUAAUUAGAAAAUUAGUCUUUACCCUUUUUUUUCCACAGCAAGUGGCCAUUUACCAAUAUGAAGGUUUUAAAAAGUUUAAAAUGUGCUGAAAUUUGCGCGUGGCGUGGCGGCUGGUUAGAGCGGCGAUCCGCAUACAGAAACCACAAACCUCGACUCGUCCGUCCCGAGAUCGACCCCCGUUCCUGGUUUUCUGCCACGUUAUUGUUGAAUAAAGAAAUAAUUCUUACAAAAAAAAGUGCUAAAAUUUGUGGCGUCGCGUGCGCAGUGGUGUGAUUAGAGCGAGCACAAAGCCCCGCGCCUCGUCUCGAACUUGAUUCCUGCCCCAUUACGGUGGAAUAAGGACGGCUAAAUGUUUUACAAAAAAGCUGGUGAAAUGUCAUUGUUUCAACGUUUUAAAGUCAUUUUUAACUGGAUAAAAGGACGACUUAAAUGACGUGUUUUCUCUUUCUGUUUGGACCCUAGAUUAAUGUAGAGCUGGCCCAACCCCAUUAUGGUUCUAAAAAUACUUGAAGCGUUUUCUUUAAAAAAAACAAAAAAACAA